CACACAGAACUGAAAACCUCCACCGUGGAAUUGGAAGGUCUCUUACAAACCCAAAAUAAACAUAAAAAAACAAGAAAAACAAACAAUGUCAGAGCUUUGUAUCUCAAAAUCUCUUAUUAUUUCCCAUCUUACAUCUCAUCUGACCACAAUUUGAAGAUCUUCUGCCAAAAAACUCCAAACCCUUUUCUUAUCCAGUGUUCCCUCUGAUCACUCUGAUCACAGACCAACCUCUGCAAUUUCCAAAUUUGUAUGUGCUUUUACAGCUAAGUUUGAUCCUCAAAAAUGGCACAUAUCGAAGAACCGGAAGUAUUUAACCCUAAUUCAAGAUACACAGAACCAGCAGGCCUCCAUAUUCUCUGAACAAACAUUUAAACUAUUUGCCUUCUGGUCCCAAGACACAUUUGUGACUUGUCUUUAGCCCCCCAUACCCCUUUGGCAUUUUUCUUAAAUUUUGUUCAUAUGAAUGGUGUCUGGUUUUGAAGGGUAUAAGGAUCUUGAGAAUGGGGUUUCGGGUUUGGAACAUAAACAGAAACUUGAACUAGGGUUAAGUCUAAUUCUUGCUCUUGUCGCUCUCGAUAUCGAUUUGGUCAAUUUUUCGAUUUUGUUGUGUGUUAUAAAGUGGUUGCUUGGAAAAAUGGUUAGGUCAUGUUGGAGGCCAUCUGCAGUGGAUGAUGGACUUCGACGUGGCGGGGAAGCCAGCGGCCAGGUUGAUGGGUUGUUGUGGUACAAGGACUUUGGGCAGCAUGCUUGGGGAAAAUUCUCAAUGGCUGCCGUUCAGGCCAAUUCUGUUAUCGAGGAUCAAAGCCAGAUCGAAUCCGGUCCUUUGUGUACAACAAAAUCCGGUCUGGGAACUUUCGUUGGAGUUUAUGAUGGACAUGGAGGGCCUGAAGCUUCAAGAUAUGUCAAUGAAAAUCUCUUCCGCAAUCUAAAAAGGAUUGCAGCUGAGCAUCGAUGCAUGUCGGAAACCGUGAUCAAGAAGGCGUACUUGGCGACGGAAGAGAGUUUUCUAUCGGUGGUGAAGAAGCAGUGGCAAAGCAAGCCACAAAUUGCAUCUACAGGAACAUGUUGUUUGGUGGGGAUAAUAUGCAAUGGACUGCUUUACACGGCAAAUGUUGGGGACUCUAGAGUGGUUCUGGGAAAACUAGAAAGGGAAACUAAAGAAGUCACGGCCAUUCAAUUAUCUGCAGAGCACAAUGCAAGCAUAGAAUCAGUGAGAGAGGAACUGCGGUCGUUGCAUCCACACGAUUCACAGAUUGUCGUUUUAAGGCACCAAGUUUGGCGCGUGAAGGGCCUCAUUCAGGUUUCGAGAUCAAUUGGUGACGCGUACUUAAAGAACGCAGAGUUCAACAGAGAGCCUCUACCUCUAAAAUAUAGGCUACCUGAACCUUUUCUCAAGCCAAUUCUAAUCCCGGAACCAGAAGUAUCAGUAAUUAAACUCCGACCGGAAGAUCAGUUUCUCAUAUUUGCUUCUGAUGGUCUGUGGGAGCAUCUUAGCAACCAGGAUGCCGUCGACAUUGUCAACAAUUACCCCCGCAAGGGAAUAGCAAGGAAGCUGAUUGAAGCUGCACUACAAGCAGCAGCCAAGAAAAGGGAAGUGAGGUAUACAGACUUGAGGAUUAUCGAACGCGGAGUACGACGGCAUUUUCACGACGACAUCACUGUGGUGGUGUUGUUUCUAAAUCCAAGCCUGUUGAAAAAUGGAGGCUCCCCUCGCAGGUCUCAGUUUUCAUUAAAACCCAGCUUCUAGUUCCUAGAUCGGCGUUUUGCUAUAAUGCUAUCCUGUUUUGGGAAAUGGCAACCAAGUGCUACCCAAAUAUUUCUGUAACUCGGUUCCUUCUUGUAAAUUGCAAUCUAUAGUUUUAACGUCGGAUUACAUAUUUGGGCGUAGCUAAGUGAGGCAAGAGUAGCAUAUGCCCCACUUUGUACCGAAGCUCAAAUUUGUGUCCCGUUGUUUAUAUUAAGUUAGAAUAUCGCUCGAAAAAAACACUUUCGAGUCUUCUCAUCAUACUUCCCCAUCUCGGAUUUUAAAACCCCAUAACCAAUUACAUGGGGUUAUAUGUAAUCAUAUUCGUUGUUAUGCUAAGGUAGAUAACAAAUUAAAAACCCCAAUAUGCACUUCAGCCUUCAGA